AUGAUGAUGAAUCAACUCGACGCGAAAAUCUUCGGCCAUUAUGACGAGCGAAGAGAGUCGGAAGUGAGCGCGGCGGAAAGCAACAGUGCGACCAACAGUAACACCAGUUACAGCACAGCCCCGACCCCAGCUUCGACAUCCUCCCCAGGUCAGACCAACACCUUCAUCGGCAAAGUAGAACCUCACGACGACGACAUGCUGGACGCCGUCGACGCCAAACCGGCCAUCAGCUCACUGGAUAGUCUGCUGCGGACCAGUAGUUCCGCGAGCACCACCAGUCCGCACCACCACCAUCUAUCGGAUCUCUCCGAGGUCGCCUCUUCCAAGAAGCCAUCGGUCCAGGCCAUUGUGGUCCAUCUCGAAUCGGUCGUGCGCACAUUCAUCGACGCCAUCAACAACAGGACACUGACGCUGGACCACCCCGUCACGGCCUCGUUUGACCCCAAAUUCACCGCGAAUACGCCUCCGCCAUGGCCGCAAGGCACCGAGGACCUGGCGGAAUAUCUACGACGACUGAUUACACUGACUGCGCAGACCGAGUACAAGAUGGUCAUUCAAGGACUGGAUACCCACGUGUACAAGAAUGGACAUGCGGGUGUGUUUGUCACGAGUGAUGUGCUCGGUGUUCCCCCGGACGUGGUGCGACAUGUUGUGGCCAUCUUUCGAUUCCGGAAACGCGAUGGCUUCUGGAGGUGUUUUAUUGUGGAGGAAAUCAUUGGCAUUGAGAACACGGCAGACGGAGAGCCAGGAAGUAUUGGUGGGGGGUUUGCGGGCCCGUUUUGA